GCCGCGCCAUGUCCGGAGACAGCGACUGCACCAGGACCAGUCCGUCAGCGGGCUCUCCGUCGGACACCGAGCUCGCGCCAGCUCGGCCCAAGUACGUUUGCUCCCUGUCGCCUGACCUGGUCACCAAAGCCCGGGAGGAGCUCCAGGAGAAGCCUGAGUGGAGGCUCCGUGAUGUGCAGGCCCUGCGAGACAUGGUGUGCAAGGACUACCCCUCCCUGGGCACCUGCCUGGACGAUGCCUUCCUGCUGAGGUUCCUCAGAGCCAGGAAGUUUGAUUACGACCGAGCGCUGCAGCUGCUGGUGAAUUACCACAGCUGCAGGAGGAGCUGGCCUGAGGUCUUCAGCAACCUGAGGCCAUCUGCAAUAAAGCCUGUCCUGGAGUCAGGCUUUGUCACCGUGCUGCCUCACCGCGACCCCGAGGGACGCCACGUCGUCUGCAUCCGCCCAGACAGAUGGAGCCCCAGCCAGUACCCAAUCACUGAGAACAUUCGUGCCAUAUACUUGACCUUAGAAAAGCUCAUUCAGUCUGAAGAGACCCAGGUGAAUGGAAUUGUAAUCCUGGCAGACUACAAAGGAGUCAGCUUGUCUAAGGCCUCUCAUUUUGGUCCUUUUGUAGCCAAAAAAGUCAUUGGAAUUCUUCAGGAUGGGUUCCCCAUUCGGAUCAAAGCUGUGAACAUCAUCAAUGAGCCUCGGAUAUUCAAAGGCAUUUUUGCCAUCAUCAAACCCUUCCUGAAGGAGAAGAUCGCAAACCGGUUUUUUCUUCAUGGCUGUGAUUUAAAUUCCCUUCACCAAAACAUUCCUCCCAUGAUCCUUCCUGAGGAGUAUGGUGGCACUGCAGGGAAGCUGGACAUCUCUGCCUGGAAUGAGCUGCUGCUGGCCUCUGAAGAGGACUUCCUGCAUGACUUCUCCCAGCUGGUCCUCCCAUGUGAGAGCACUCCCCAGGAGAUGCUUGUGAGUGGGGAUGCUGAGGAGAAGCAGUGUGAUGACUCCCUGCGAGGCAUGAAGGCCCAGCUCUACUACUGCUACUAGCCAGGCAGCUCCCGAGCUUCCAGCACAGCCCAGAGCUGCUCCCAGAGGUGGCCGUGGGAACUCUGCCUUACUCCUGAGCCUGCAGCUUGGGGACAGGCCGCUGAGGCACUUUACACUGAACCAAAGGAAGCUGAGCAGGGCACAAGGGGGCAGGGCAGAGCGCAAGGAGGAGAAAGGCAGAGAGCACAGCAGAGCACUUGAGGCUCAUCAGUGACUGAUGCAAACUGGCCCUGUGGCAAGCAUGAAGAAAAAGCCCCACUGCAGGAUGUAGGAUUGACAGCCUCUUAGCUUCUCUCCACACAAGUGAGAAGGGACACUGCUGAUGUACUUUGUGACCGUGUGUUCCCUACCCCUUCUGCAAACAGCAGUAAUCCAAGGCAAAAGGUAGUUCUGAACCCUGCCAAAGGUAGUUCUGAAGCCUGCCAAAGGUAGUUGUGUCAGUGAAGGCUGCCUGAAAAUGUGCAGGUGUGACUUGGCCUGUCCUCUGUCACUUGGCACUUCUGAAAUAGCUCCAGGAAUAUUCCUCUCAGAUUGAUACAGAGCAAAACUUCCUUCUUCAGAGUAUCAGAGUGGAGAUAACCUCUGCAAUGUCUGCACAGCAGGAGCAACUCUUAACUGGUGGAUCCACUGCUGCAGUAGCUGUGCCAGGGCUGGUUAUAAACAGAUGGAACUUAAUUUUCAGCAAACAGGAGUUGUUCAGAUCAAGCACUAAGGCUUUUGAUCAGUUAAGAGCUUCAAAUACUGAGGGUCAGGACCAAGGAAGAAGGAGCUGUGUCAGCCACCUCCCCACUCUGAGUUCUUUUCCUCAGCUGGUUGUGAAGAGGAGCUGGGUGAGUCCCUCACAGCAGUAGCAGUUGGCACACAAGGGACAGAGGGCAGUAGCUGAGGUAAGGCAGCGAGGUGCUGCUCCAGCUGGGGUCUCUGGGUAGUUUGGCUGUGGAACCAAAGGCAGGCAGGCUCUUUGCAAGCACAUUCUGCAGUCUCCUGCUCCUGUAGCAUUUUGUUCACUGUGCUCCUUGUGAGUUGUUACAGCUUUGUUCUCUUGUUCUCUGACCUCCUUUGUCUUUAGCUGUCCUGUUCCUGUAUGAACUUAGACUUGAAUGGUCUCUGUAAUACUGACCUGUAGCUCCUGUGCCUGUGCUUCUAGGUCUUUGUCUAGAGACAGAACCAAGGCUCUGGUGUCCAGUCAGGGUAAGAUACCUGUGUCUAAGCUGUUCCCACCUCCCAGGCUCAGUCUGUUUGGUCUUAAGCAGAACCUAACUCUCAGCACUCUUUGCACGUUUUCCUGCACUGUGAUGGUGUGGAGAUGGGAACCCCCCUAGGAGCAGCACAGCACACCCCAGUACUCCAAGGGGGAAUGUCUCACUCUUGGUGAAAAAGAACAUUCCUUCCAACUGGGGACUUCUCUCUAGAGCACCUUCUGAGGCUGAAAUCUCUACUCAGUGCCAAGUGUGGUUCUGGUACCAGUUAUGUUUCUGUGAAGCAUCUGGAGGAUCUCAGACAUUCACUUUCCCAGGUGCCAAACUCUUGCUCAGAAUGUCUCUUCCUCUCAGUCCCCAUGCAGCCUGCCUGCCCUGCCAGAAGGACACUCCUUUACACUCUGACUCCCUGACCUGGCAGCAGACCUCAUCCUGGAACUAGGGAGAAGCAAAUGCCCUACCUGUCACCUCGGGGUAAAACAGGGUAAACCCAAAGCUGAAGUGUUCUUCUGGGAGGCAGUGCAGAAUCUGUGGGAGCAAGGAACUCAUUGCUUGAACUGGUUUGGAUUAAAGGGGGGAAAAGACAAAUUUUCCUCAGUGAAAGCAUCUGAUUUUUCCAACCUCUAGAAGUAAAUUCUUACUCCUUUUUGACAGCUGUUAACCUUUAGUGUGGGGUGAAGAAAACCUAACCACUGCCAUUUUCAUCUGCUUAAAACAAGGUCAGAGUGUUGCCAGCCACUUCCUCCUUUCUGACCAGAAUGUGCUGCAUGUUCUGCUGAGAGGUAGUUCAGUUCUUUGUGCCACCCAGCAAGACAGUAGCACACAGCACCAGGACUUAGAAAGGCAAGUGGCUGUCCCCAGUUUGGACACAGAGUGGUGUUCAUGGUGGUUCAGUGCCUCUUCAUUCCAGCCACAAAGUACAGAUAAAAAGGUAAAACCAGGCUGGGCCAUGUUUCCUUGAGGUGAAGGCCUCUUUCCUUGCUGUGCUGCAGGGUCUGAAGGGGUAUUUGGAGAGUUUAAGCUCUUAAGAGCAGCUACCUGGAUGUUGUGUAACUGCUGGAGAAGGAGGUUUGAAUACUUGAGAUUCAGUUCAGUGCCCUUCAAAAAGAAGUAAAUCCAGUGGUGCUGAGCAGAAGGCUGAGGACCCUCCACAGAAACAAAAUCCUCCUUCAGGCUUUUCUAUUCUCUUGCAUGCCUUAAGCAGCAGGCAAACCAGACUCAGCUCUCCCUCCCCUGCUCUCCUCUGCUCCCAGAGAAGCUAAGAAUAAUGCCUAUGAGUUAACCAAAAUAGGUAAGGCUCUGUUACCAGUGCCGAGAGCUUCUGCUAUGCCUCCAGGAGUUCUCUUUCUUCAAGCUGGCUGCUGGGCAGUUGAUAUCAAGAUACUUGAAGUAAGCCAGGCCUAUCUUUAGCAAGCAUCUAACUGUUCCUCCUCAUUUGCUCCUUCUUGGCCUUGGAACUCAGAGCUGCAGGUUUCCUGAGCUGUAGCUCUAACCCUCUUUAGGUUUGUAACUAGUGCUUGCCUUGCCUAACAAAGCACAGCUCUGUCUGCUGAGCUGAGAAAGGCUCUCAGAGCUUUAGCACUGAAAAAGCAAGGCAAUCCCUUUGCUCCCAGCAUUGCUGAUGGCAAAUAAGGGAAGCAAGCACUGGUCUGCAGUAGAGAAUCUCCUUGUCUGCAAGGUGAGCGAACAGGUAGGAAAAGCACCCAGGCUGGGCUUUUGGGGUUGAUUUGUUUUGCCUUCUUGUUGUUGUUGUUAA